UGUGGAAGAUGUGAGGAUACCAUAUCAGCAGCAAAGGAUGUAUGGGUUUGUUACUUUCUCUAAUGCUGAAACUGUGAGAAUCAUAUUGGCUCGAGGCAACCCUCAUUUCAUCUGUGACUCACGUGUGCUCGUUAAACCGUACAAGGAGAAAGGAAAGAUCCUUCAAAACAAGUGGCAACAGCAGCAUCUUCAACAGCUGUUGGAGACAGGGAGUUAUUCUGCUUCUUCAAGUCCUUCUGGAAUGGAUCUAUUUGAAUGUCACUUGGGACCAAGGAUGCUUCCAAGGAACACACAGGAGAUGAUGAGAAUUUCUAUCGGCUCUCCUGCUCAUCUCCCACCUCGGUUCAACUAUAGUCUUCUCUUUCAACCGGAGAGCAGCAUGGAAGAAGCCACAGAAGGUUGGCUGUUAUUGUUGUUGGCCUCUGCAUUUAAGCUUUCUUUUCUCGGUCUUUAUUGAUGAUCAUUCCUUACCAGGUGACAGUGAUAGAGGUGAAAGCCAUCUUCAGCUAGUUUUCUUUUAGUUUUUGGGUCCUAAUUCUGGUGACGGUCAAACGCUGCACAUGUUAAGUUUACCAUGAUUGUAUAAAAUGCAUUUGUUUUCUUGGAACUCA